AUGCACGGCCCCGUGCCCGACGACGGCCCGGCCGGGCGUGACCCUCCCCCGACUCGGAGGGGGGAGGCGACGGCCGCGGUAGGCAAAGAGCGGCUCUGCCCACGCGCCACGGUGGUGGUGUCCGUGGCUACUACGCGCAGAGGAGAGGUGGUGGCUGGGGUGUCCGCAAGCGCGGGCGACGACCCCAGGGCGAGAACACCUGACACGCACUGGCACGGAGCCGGCGGGAUGGGAGACCGGAGGUGGCACCACGGUCGUGGGGACGCCUGGAACGCACAAGAGCCGGCGCGCAGGCCCCAGCGGGCGGCUCAAGCGGCGGGGGUGGAAACGGGCGUCCGGUUCUCGGCCAGAGCCCAGAGACCUCCCCGCACACGCAUCCAGGCACAUGGAAGCUCUCGGGCGGCUGUCACCCGAGCAGAGCGUGUCAGCACUUAUCUGGCGGCACAAAACCACCCAUUGGGGGGCAAGGAUCGCCGCGCCCGGAGACGGGGCCCACCCACGGAUCACGAGGGGAACCCCUGGAUCACGGCCACGGCCACCAGACCCCAAGCACGACCCCAUCGCCACCCGGCCCGGAGCUCCCGGGGCCAUCUGGUCGACCCCAGAAGCGUGGCGGCAGGGGGAGCCGGGGACAGCCUCCCCGGGCCGCCCGCGCGGGCCGGGACCGGGCGGGACUUGGACAAAAAACUGCCACGGAGGAGGCGGCAUCCGAGGACCGGGCCCGGUCCCCACCGCCAGAGCCGGUCGACUCGGAAGACCAGUGGGGAAAAGGCCAGCCCGGCGGCCGAGCCCGUCGCGCCCUCCACGGGCCUCCCCCGCAAGGCCCCGGCCGGUCGCCCACCUCCGGAGCGGGGCGCGGAAAGGGGAUCGGCGACGCGGAAGGCCCGACCACCGGGCCGCCCUCGGGACGACGGCCGGGCACGGGACGAGCUCCCUCGCCCGUUCCCCCGCGGCGGCCCCCCACCCCCUCCCGGGGACGGAGGGGCACCGGCGGCUGCUGGUCGACCCGUCCGGGAGGCCCCACACCCCGGCCGGCACCGGGCGGCGCGGCGACAGCCACCUCCCUCAGUAGCCUGCACCUCCAAUCUCCGGCGAGCGGGCGUCGCGCUCACGCCCCGGCGCCACCGGGCCAGAUCCCGCCAGCGACGCCGGCCUCCCGGGACUCUGCCUCGGUCACCGCGGCCGAGUCCCGUCCCUUGGCCCGCGUCGCCGGAGCUCCGGAGGAAAGAGACGAUAUAA